CUCUUCCUCUCCUGCGUAUCCGCGAAUCGAUCGUCGCGAAACUUUCAAUUUUUCCACGGCAAUCUUUUUCCCCGAUCGCGACAACCGCGAGUUACUCGACACCCGCGCGAUCCGAUUUUACCGGAAACCCUGCGGAAUCGAUGCCGAACGGAUUAAGUCGUAGCACGCAGUCGAGGCUAACCUACAAAAUGUUCCUUUUAAAUUCGAAGUGAGAGUACUUUUAGUUCGUUGACGGUUUCACGCGUGCACCACUUUGGCCGCGAGGGUUUUACAGGCUGAAUAAUUAUUAUGAAUGUUGUAUUACCACGUGUUCAAAAUGUUUUCAGUAUUUUGUAUAAUGCGAAAGAAAUGCAGGUUGUGAGUGAAAAUACGUUUAUACAAGUUCGUUUUUGAAGCAUAUGUUUUUCUGAUAAAUAUGGUAAACGUCGUCGAAUUAAACAUUUUGAAAGAUAACCUCUAUUUUGUGUAUCACAAGUAUCUUACUUGUCAAAUAAAUUCAAACACAGCGACUUGUAACAAUGGAAUUGUCAAAAGAUGUGAUCGAAGGUCUGUCAAAUAUCUCAAAUGUAAACAUUAUUGGCGAAGAUAAUUUCCUACAAAUCUUGGACACUGUUAUUUCUCAUUUGCAGGAAAGUAUUAUAGAAACAAAUUGCAUCGUAAAGGCAGCAGAUUCGAAAGCUAUUUUAACAAAGAAGAUCUUCGCCGACGUAUUAUGUUUGUUCGUAGAAGCAGCUCAACACGACUUAGACGAAGAAAGUUUGAAGAAUUUGCUACAUCAGACGUGUACUAACGAACAGAGAAGAAAGAAACUAUGCGAAGCAUACAUUAAUAACAAAAAAACAAUACAGUCUCGACUGGAAUUGAUAGGCAAUAAUCCGCCACAUAUCAUCGAUGUGGAUUGGCAUCUAGACUAUCGCGUCAAGUUGGACACGUGCAAUUCACUGGGUGUUCCUCUUUAUCAUGUAAGACUUAGUACUAAAGAACAUGAAAGGAUAAAUCAUAUAACAUUCUCAUGUACAAUACAACAGCUGCAAGAACUAGUGUUUAAGCUUAAAGAUGCUAUCAGAUACUCAGAGAAACUAACUAAUGUGUAACUCUAUAAUUUUAGUUAUUGGUUUACUUAAUACAGUGUGUACACAUGUAUGAUGUCUUAAGAGUUUGAUAGAAAUAUUUUUUAUAGGUGCAAAUAUCACGUGAUACAAUAUAUGUGUGAAUAAUCGUCAACACACCUUACGACAUUAUACAUGUUCCGUUGAACAUUUACACAAGAAUUAUUAUGGUAAUCGUUUAAUAAUAAAUUCAAUUUUAUGCAUAUAAGUGUAAUGGUAAAAUCUUAUACAAAUAACAGACUGUGUAAAGUAUAAUCAACUAUAUUUUCAUAAUUAAAACAUUCCCUACUUCACGUAGUAUUAUUACUG